GUCCGUACCAAGAACUAACUUAGCACCUAAUGAAGCGACAAUAAGGACUGUGAUGACAGUGGUAAUAUCAUUGAUAGUGACACUUAAUUCAACUAUACCAUUGACCAUAAUAUUGGUUCGUCCAUCAUCGAGUAUCGCCGCACCGAGUCUGGAAAGCAAGUGCGACCAUCACACACUCCCCCUAGUAGUUUUUUGAGCAAUUGUUCUGAUAAUGAUCCAUACCACCGCAUGACUAUUUUCAAAAUAUGGAUUGUCAGUAAGAGAAUCGAAAUGGCGGACAGAAUGAUAUGUCGCUAAAAACCUUUUUGCUGCAUGUUCAUUCGUUUACAAGAAGAAUGUAUUCUUCUUCAGUGUAUUCUUCUAGGGUAUUCAAUACCCUAACUUUUUUCUAGACAAAAGAUAGAAAUAGAUAAUAUUGCAUAAUGUCAUAAAAACCAUCAUCACUGGAUAUGUGAAAUAAACUAAUAAUGUAAUGCUGUAAGCUAGCGCCUUAUAUAUGCAACUAGCUUACAGGCCAACUUAUGUCUUAUAUAUAGUACAAAACAGAAAAUAGUGAGUCACUGUCUCAGUUUGCAUUCAAAAAGGUCUUCAUUUUCAGUCAAAUGCCUCCUGCACAAGUCGUUACACAGAAUAGAAAAAUCAUCGAUACUCUUUUAUUUUUCACCUUUUUUCAUGAUAAGGGGAAAAAACAGAUGAAUAAAUCUUUACUUUCUAUACCGCACAUGAGCAGACUAAUGUGUUUUGGCUGACUGAGAUCGAUUAUCGCAUUCGUAUAUGUUCGUAUCUUAUUUUUUUCGGGUUCUUCAGGAUGAGUAGCGCGUGUCUAUAUGUAGUAGCUUUUAUUAUACAUACGACGAUGGCCUAAACUGAAAUAUCUAACAAAAAUAGACAACCAGUCUCGUGUGGUGGAUAGUUAACUAAUUGCAUAAUGACAAAACUAAAUCGCCACAGGGUAUUAGAAGUGAUUAAAAAGGUCUGGAAUCGAUUAACAUUAAUGAAGAGUAGAACUGAAAUAGAAAUUGAGAUUAAAAAAGAAAAAUCGGAAGGACCAUUGAAUUUUUUUCAUUUGAAUACAAUAGGACUAGGUGCUAUUAUUGGUGCCGGCAUCUUUGUUUUAAGUGGUAAUGCUGCUGCAAAUUUUGCUGGCCCGAGCGUAAUUAUUUCAUUUCUCAUCGCCGCAAUAGCAGCCUUUUUGGCAGCUUUAUCCUAUGCUCAAAUGGCCUCGAUGGUACAAAUAUCAGGGUCAUCGUAUAGCUAUGUUUAUACGACAAUGGGUGAAUUUUGUGCAUGGCUAGUCGGUUGGGAUUUAUGUUUAGAAUACAUAUGCGCUGUGGCUACCGUCAGCAUUAGUUGGUCGGCUUAUGUUGCGGCAUUUUUUCAAACGAUAUUUCAAAUCGAAGUUGAACAGCGAAUUUUACUAGCACCAAUCGGAUGGAACGAAACAUCACAAGCUUUUUAUUUAACCGAUUCAUAUUUCAAUCUACCGGCUAUGAUUAUUGUUUUUAUAUCGUCAGCCUUAUUACUGUAUGAUCUUCGAAUAACUGCUAUUGUCAACAGUAUUAUCGUUGUUUUUAAAGUUGUCGUUCUUCUUGUUUUUGUAUGUGCAUCAAUUAAAUUCAUUAAUCCAAAUAAUUAUCAUCCAUUUAUUCCUCAAAGCGAAGGCGGUCAGAAAUAUGGUGUCACUGGAAUGUUUCAUGGGACGACCAUUAUUUUCUUUGCUUUUAUCGGAUUUGACGCAAUAACAACUACAGCACAGGAAACAACGAGAAACAAAAAAAAAUUGUAUUUACCCCUUAGUAUUAUAACAUCGUUAAGUAUAUCAACCAUAUUAUAUGUCGGGAUUGUUUCGAUAUUAAUUGGUCUCGUUCCAUAUAAGCAGCUAUCCAUUAAGAAUCCCAUAUCAGUGGUUACACGUGCAACAGGCAUGAAAUGGCUUGAAAUUCUUGUUGACCUUGGAGCUAUUUUCGGUUUGAUGUCAGUGAUAUUAGUUAAUUUAAUUGCGCAACCACGGAUAGUACAUCGAAUGGCUAAAGAUGGUUUAUUACCAGAAUGGUUUAGCAAAGAACGUCAGAAGAAACAAAAACAAAAGAUUAAAACUGAUGACGUAGCUCCUGUUGCUGUAAUACGAGACGCGCCAUAUACAGCCACAAUUUUUUCAGGUAUUGUUUGUACUUUGUUUAGUGGGUUUCUUCCGAUUGAACUUUUGGGUGAUCUAACGUCAAUUGGUAUUUUAUUUGCCUAUUUAAUGGUACACAUCGGGAUAAUCAUCUUGUUUUUUACCAACCGUUUCAAAGAUAAAGCUGACAAUAAUUCACCGAAUAUUGAUAAACCUAAUUCUCCUGACGGAGUUGCAUAUAGCUCAGAUCAAAAUACUUUUGAAUUUCCAAGUAAAACAUUAUUCAUACCGAUUAUUGGUGUAGUAAGUUGUAUUUUUUUACUUAAUGCAAGUUUCCGGUGGACUCAAAUAAGAUUUGGUAUUUGGACAGUAAUUGGCUUAAUUAUUUAUUUUUGCUAUAGUAUGAACAACUCUAAGUUGUGGAAAAAUAAACAUGCAAACUUAGGUGCACCGAUAGAUCUACAUGGUGCCCCGAGAUCAUAA